UCAACCGUAACUAAAUCAAGCCAUCGGAAUCAUCGAUCGUGUCGCGCGACCGCCACUCCCGAGCCCAACCAGCCAGCGCUGUGAUCCCCUUGUUCCCCGCCCCGCACAGGUCUCGCUCGCAAUCAUGACGCCCACCCCGCCGUCUUCGAACAGCCAUUCUCCGCCCGAGCAACACAUGUCGAAUAGUGCGUAUCGCGUGGUGCGGAAACGAAACCGAGUUCCACUAUCGUGCGGGCCAUGUCGGUCUCGAAAACUGAAGUGCAACCGUUCGUCGCCCUGCGAGAACUGCGUCCGUCGCAAUGAUGUCCCCGGUUGCACCUAUGCGACGUCUACACACUCGGCGCGACAACGCAAGCAGUCGGCGGGAUCGAAUGGCUCGUCGGACGAGAUGCAGUCGCGGAUCGACCGGCUCGAGGGACUGGUGCUCUCGCUCAUGUCGGGCAACUCGAAUAAUAUCAACACAUCGCCGCGGAACCGCGACACGCGUAGUUCGUCGUCUGGCGCUGCAGCGUCAUAUCCGAACUCGCGUGAUAGCGAGGGUGAUGAUGAUGCUAUGGGCUACGACGAGCAGGACGAACACGAGGAAACGCACACCGUCGAGGAGGAGGUGGAGGAGGUUAGAAACGCGCUGGGCGUGAUGAAGGUGCAGGAAGGAAAGUCUUUCUAUCGGGGCGAGACGCACUGGGUUGCCAUUCUGUCAGAGAUUACCGAGGUUAAAAAAUACUUCGAAGAAACCAAACAAAAGUACGAGAGUGAGCUUGCCACGAUGCGAUGUCAGACGGCUAUAGAGAAACUACAGGCCACCGGGUUUCCUUUCUCGGCAGGCCGCCCACCGUCAAAACCAGAGAUUUUAGCCCUUGUACCGGAACAGGCGAUGGUGGACCGGUUGGUAGACUGUUUCUUCAGGAAUCACGACCCCCUAUUCCAUGUCCUGCACCGACCAUCAUUUUACAAGCAGUACGAGGAAUUCUGGCGUGAUCCUUCCAAAGUGGAUAUAUUAUGGCUCGGUCUACUCAUGGUGAUCAUCUCCAUCAGCGUAAAGAUUCAUGACUCUAUCGGCGAGCCCCUGAAAGGGGUCGUAGGACGUGAUACGGCCGAGACGUGGCAUGCUUUCCGCACUUCAGCCGAACAAUGCCUAAUAGUGGGCGAGUACACCAAAAAGCCAUACCUGCACACGGUACAAACUUUGAUUCUGCUGUGUAUGUCGUCGACGGACGAUAGUGCCUGGCUAUUCCUGGGGAUGGUCGUUCGGAUAGCGAUGAGCAUGGGCCUCCACCGAGACCCGCAGCAGUUCCCUGCCAUCACUCCGGGAGAGGGCGAGAUCCGUCGACGACUCUGGACACAGAUCACCUGUAUGGAGCUACUGACAUCGAUCCGGAUCGGCCUGCCUUCCAUGCUGAAGGAAGACGAAUGCGACACGAAACUGCCGCUGAAUCUGCAUGACGAUGAGAUAGGCGAAGAUGUCACCACGCUUCCACCGGAGCGCGGACGGGACGAGCUGACUGGUGUAAUCUACAUGAUAUGCAAAGCCUCGAUGGCACACACGCUCUGGGAGGUCAUCCGCCAGGUGAACUCGGUCAAGGCACGGCCACCAUACGAGACAGUCUGGACUCUCGAGGCUGAUAUCAAUGCACGCUAUGAACAAGUCCCAAAGUUCCUCCAUCUAAAGCCGAUCGCGGAGACCGAGAAUGAUCCCCCGUGGCUUAUAAUCCAGCGCUAUAACCUUGAUAUCCUGCGUCAGAUGUCGCUCCUGACACUCCAUCGUCCGUAUGCCACCAAAGCGCGACUGAACGCCCGCUUCGAGCACUCGUACCACCAGACCAUCGGUGCGGCCAUGACGCUGCUUCGAUACCAAGACGAAAUUGCCACGCAGAACGAAACCGUCUUGCGUCACGCACGGUGGUACACCGAGACACAGGGCGUCCAAGAGUUUCUUCACGCCGCCAUGAUUAUCAGUCUCCACCUCUCAUGUCCGCUGGCUGCGGUUCUCGUUGACGAAGAAGACCGGAAACGCAAGUUUGCCGCACUCUGCAGAUCGCGCGACAUCAGUACCAACCAGAAAGAUAAAUCCGUCGAGGCGAACAAAGCUUCCGGCAUCAUCACAGUCAUGAUCGAAAAACUCAAGCGCGAAGAACCCGGUCACGAAGAGCGACUGCGGAGACAAGCCGAACAGCAGCAGCAGCAGCAACAGCAAAAACAACCCAAUCAUUCAGAACAGCACCUCACGGCCUUCGAAAGUGGGCUUGCCAACUUCAACGCCGCGCCCCCCAUCCCUGGCCCGAACUUUUCCGCCACCUCGUCCACGCAACCAUUCUCCGGCUCAUCCGAGCCACUAAAGAGCGAACAAGCAGCCGCAUUGACGCUCGGGAUGAUGUCUGGCGGCGGCCUCACGCCAAACUCCGCCUUCGCGUCACUAUUCGACCGCCCCGCCGUGUCCACGCCCGGCGGAACCCUCAACCUCCCGGACGCAGUCAACUCCUCACUACCAACGACAACACUGGGCGACCUACCACCGCCGUCAGGCGGAGCGCUCUCGCCGCCGGGCUGGAACUCGCUGUGGGGCCCCGCCGGAUUCGAUAUGCCGCAGGGCUCCGAGUGGGAGGACUGGGAGAACUUUAUGCGCGGUAUCGAUCUCGACACUAGUCAGCUGGGCGGAUUCCCGGUCCUCGCUGGCAUCGGGAUGUAUCCCCCAUCGGCGGCGCAGGAUAGGCUCGAUAAGAAGUAUCAGGACGGAGAUGUGUCGGGUGGUGGUGCUGGUGCUGGUGGUGGCGGCGGAUUGUAGUGCUGCUCUACUAUAGUGCAAGCGACGGGCUCUACACUCUACAUACCGUACC